AAUGAUUAAAUAGUGUUAUUCUCUGAGGGGCAUCUCGUUCGAUUCAUCAUUCAAUAAGAAAACAAAAUCCAAAGGUAUUUCCGGAGCAAUAUCAAAAACGUGCAGAACUUAUGUGCCAAUGUAAUAUUAAACAUAUUUCAUCUUUCAAAAAUAUUGUUCAAGUCGUUAUUUAUGCUACAGACACCGAUAUUAUAGUUUUAGCAAUUGGUUUUGCGGCUGAAUACGGCAUCAAGUUAUAUGUGCAUUGCUCUACGUCAAAGAAAAAACAAUCAAAGUUUAUCGAUUGCUCAGUCAUUGCAUAUAGAUGCAUAGAAGAGUACAAGUUUGAGCCUAUGCUAUUAAUGGUUAUACAUGCACUGAGUGGCUGUGACACUACAUCAUUCAUUCGAAAUGUUAGCAAACAACGAAUAUUUCGAACAUUUUUCAAACAACCAUCCUUCUAUGCCGAAUUACUAAACAUGUAUUCCUUACCAAUUAGUCGUGAAUGCUUAAUGUGUGCUGAAUGACUGAUAAUCAAUUGUAUGAAUUCAUCAUUAUCGUGUAAGUUGUUAUAAUAUUUUUUUUUCACUUCUAUAUCUGAAUCAACCUGGUCUUUUAGUUCCGUGGGUUAUGGUAUUUUAAAUGUUUUCUCUGUAGCACAGCUUUGCUUAAGAUACCUUCAACAACAAUUCAUAAAUUUAAAUUUCUAGCAUUGAACCAAGUUAGAACUGCUCAAGCAACAGCACAUUUGAGAUCCACCUCAUCUGAUUCGUUUUUAAAUACGUUGUUACCCACAACAGAUGCUUUUGAAUAUCAUUGCAAACGUGUUGGUGUUCAGGUUUUGAUUUGGUUUCAAUCCUUAUUCAACAAUAUCGAAUAUCCACCACUAAUUGGUAAUGGGUACACUUCAGUUGAUGGAGAAACAAUCGUAGAAUGGAAAUCUACAGCAUCCAUGCCUGAUACAAGUAUAAUGAUAACAUGUGGUUGCAAGACUAGAUGUAGUACGAAAAAAUGUAAAUGUUUCAAACAUCAAUUGAAAUGUACAAUCUUAUGCAAGUGUGAAAGUUGUGAAAAUACACAUGUACAUGAUCAGCCUAGUUCAUCAUCAAAUUCUUCGCGGAAGGACGCUAAUAUUGAUGAAGAUAGAUUUGAAAAUGAUUUUUCGACAAAUAUUGAUAGUAAUCUUAAUGAUGUUUUAUCGGACGAAGAUGAGACGCGGGUCGACGAAGAGGACGAUAACGAUGAGGUAAUUCGUUAUUCAAUCCGUUCAGAAUCAUUAAAGUUGCUAAAAGGUUUGAACGGCGGCUAA